ACUGGGCGUUAUAGUUUCUUCAGUAUCAGAAGCCGGAGGAGGAGAUUUCAUUUCAUUUCUAGACUGAGAAUACAGAGAGUGAAGGAGAAGGGUCUGCAAAUCAAUGGCGGCCUCAGUUCACGCGGCGGCUACGCUUCUGCAGCCCACCAAGUUGGCCGUCUCUGCAAGGACCGGCACCUCGCAACUCAGAUCUUCUCAGACCGUUUCUAAAGCCUUUGGCAUUGAAGCUACCGGAGCCAGACUCACCUGCUCUCUGCACUCCGAUCUCAAGGACGUCGCUCGGAAGUGCGCCGACGCCGCCAAGAUCGCCGGCUUCGCUCUUGCCACGUCUGCUCUCGUCGUUUCGGGAGCAGGUGCUGAAGGAGUACCAAAGAGACUCACCUUUGAUGAAAUCCAGAGCAAGACAUACCUUGAAGUUAAGGGAUCUGGAACUGCAAACCAGUGCCCAACAAUUGAAGGAGGAGUUGACUCAUUUGCCUUCAAGCCUGGCAAAUACGAAGCCAAGAAGCUGUGCCUUGAGCCCACUUCUUUCACCGUCAAGGCCGAGGGAGUGAACAAGAACUCCCCACCAGAAUUCCAAAACACCAAGCUCAUGACUCGUCUAACUUACACCCUGGACGAGAUUGAAGGACCCUUUGAAGUGGGUGCCGAUGGUUCCAUCAAGUUCGAGGAGAAAGAUGGCAUUGACUAUGCUGCUGUCACUGUUCAGCUGCCUGGAGGCGAGCGUGUCCCUUUCCUUUUCACCAUCAAACAGCUGGUGGCCUCUGGAAAACCAGAGAGCUUUGGAGGAGACUUCUUGGUCCCAUCUUACCGUGGCUCAUCUUUCUUGGACCCAAAGGGCAGGGGAGGCUCAACUGGGUAUGACAAUGCUGUUGCAUUGCCGGCCGGAGGGAGAGGUGAUGAAGAAGAACUUUCCAAGGAAAACAUCAAGAAUGCUUCAUCUUCAACAGGGAAAAUCACUCUAAGUGUGACCAAGAGCAAGCCUGAGACUGGGGAAGUAAUUGGUGUGUUUGAGAGCGUUCAGCCCUCUGAUACUGAUUUGGGAGCCAAAGCUCCAAAGGAUGUGAAGAUCCAAGGAAUCUGGUAUGCUCAGCUCGACUCCUAGGCCCCUUUCUUCUUUAUGAUUGUUUGUUUGUUUAUACAUCGUUGUAAGUUAAAAGAAAGUUGCUAAACUUUCUUGUGGAGAGACACUAGAAAGGGGGAUGCUAUUUUAUCCAGUUUGCAUAUAAUUUUCUGCCUGUGCCUUCUUCA